UUUUUUUUUUUUUUUUUUUUUUUUUUAAUAAAACAUCUCUCAUCUGGCAGACGAAACAUUGCUAAUUAGAGAGCCCCGCUUGUUCUGCAGCAGCAGCGUAAGUGUGUGUGUGAGCCACAGCGACAAAGAUGACUGAGUAUAAACUGGUGGUGGUGGGAGCUGGAGGCGUGGGCAAGAGUGCACUCACCAUCCAACUCAUCCAGAACCACUUUGUGGAUGAAUAUGACCCCACCAUAGAGGACUCGUACAGGAAACAGGUUGUGAUUGAUGGAGAGACCUGCCUGCUGGACAUCCUGGAUACUGCAGGUCAGGAGGAAUACAGUGCAAUGAGGGACCAGUACAUGAGGACAGGGGAGGGGUUCCUCUGCGUGUUCGCUAUCAACAACACCAAGUCGUUUGAGGACAUUCAUCAAUACAGAGAACAGAUUAAACGUGUGAAGGACUCAGAUGAUGUUCCCAUGGUGCUUGUGGGCAACAAAUGUGACCUCCCGGCACGCACGGUGGACACAAGGCAAGCCCAGGAACUCGCCCGUUCCUACGGCAUCCCUUACAUUGAAACCUCUGCAAAGACACGACAGGGAGUAGAGGAUGCCUUCUACACACUGGUCAGGGAAAUUAGGCAACACAAGCUGAGGAAGCUGAACCCACCGGAUGAGAGUGGUCAGGACUGUAUGAGCUGUCGCUGUGUGGUAUCGUGAUGAAGCUCCUCUUCGCAACUUGGAAAGAAAUACUACAGCACAAGAAGUCACAGCAUGGACUUGAAAAUAGGAAGAAAAAACUGAAUGACGAAAAUUAAAUAAAAGAUUGCCAUUUUGGUCUUGCGAGAAGAAGCUGAACCAGAGCCCUUUUUAUGGAAAGGAGGAAUUAGACUGACUGUUGUCUAUGUGGCUGUCUGAACAAGUUUGGGCAGCCCUUUUCUUUUUGUUUUUUGUUUUUGCCUUCUCCAUGUUGACCUGCAAGCAACACCACUAAUCACUAAAAUCAAUCCUAGCGUUGUCUUGCUGGGUAACUAACUUAUUUUUUUUCAGUCUCGACACUGGUCCUACAGGGGACGCCUUGAAUUCCAACCUCCUUUCACCUCACCCUAAAAUGCUCAUUCCACUUGUGCCCUUGUUUCGCACUGAGCUUGGGUAGGCAUUAGACAUUUGUUUGCUCUAUAACCACUUGUGUAACCCACAUCAAAAAAAAAAAAAAUCUGACUACCUCCCUUUUAAAGGUGGAGGCUGACCUGGGAAUUUGUAGACUGUGUUCUUGUUGUUGUUUAACAGUUAGCCUCACUGUAAAAAAUGUGCAUUUUGAACUGGAACAUAUUUUGUGGAUGGAUGAUUAGAAAAACACAGAGCACUACUGAUGCAGAGCUCAGUAUUUUUCACAACUUGCCUAUACUUUAAAUUGUGACUGAUUGGAGUUCAUAUUCUCUCUCUCUCUCUCUAUCUAUCUAUCUAUCUAUCUAUCUAUAUAUAUAUAUAUAUAUAUAUAUAUAUAUAUAUAUAUAUAUAUAUAUACACACACACACACACAUCCAUUUUCUGAGCCGCUUCUCCUCACUAGGGUCGCGGGCGUGCUGGAGCCUAUCCCAGCUGUCAUCGGGCAGGAGGCGGGGUACACCCUGAACUGGUUGCCAGCCAAUCGCAGGACACAUACAAACAAACAACCAUUCGCACUCACAUUCACACCAAUGGGCAAUUUAGAGUGUCCAAUUAAUGCAUGUUUUUGGGAUGUGGGAGGAAACCGGAGUGCCCGGAGAAAACCCACGCAGGCACGGGGAGAACAUGCAAACUCCACACAGGCGGGACCAGGGAUUGAACCCGGAUCCUCAGAACUGUGAGGCUGACGCUCUAACCAGUCGGUCACCGUGCCGACACACACACACACGCACACACACACACAGUAGGUACGGAAAGUUUCAGACCCCCUUAAAUGUUUAACUUUUUGUUAUAUUGCAGCCAUUUGUUAAAUUCAUUUAAGUUAUUUUUUCCCCUCAUUAAUGUACACACAGCACCCCAUAUUGACAGGAAAAAAAACAUAAUUGUUGAAUUUUUUUCUGAUUUACUAAAAAAGAAAAACUGAAAUAUCACACAGCCAUAAGUAUUCAAACCCUUUGCUGUGACAGUCAUAUAUUGAACUCGGGUGCUGUCCAUUUCUUCUGAUCAUCCUUGAUGGUCCUCCACCUUCAUUGGAGUCCAGAUGUGUUUGAUUAUACUGUUUGGACUUGAUUAGGAAAGAAACACACCUGUCUAUAUAAGACCUUACAGCUCACAGUGCAUGUCAGAGCAAAUGAGAAUCAUGAGGUCAAAGGAACUGCCUGUUGAGCUCAGAGACAGAAUUGUGGCAAGGCACAGAUCUGGCCAAGCUGACAAAAACAUUUCUGCUGCACUUUCCUAAGCACAGUGGCCUCCAUAAUCCUGAAAUGGAAGACGUUUGUGACGAUCAGAACCUUUCCUAGAACUGUCCGUCCAGCCAAACUGAGCAAUUGGGGGAGAAGAGCCUUGGUAAGAGAGGUAAACAAGAACCCCAAGAUCGCUGUGGCUGAGCUCCAGAGAUGCAGUCGGGAGAUGGGAGAAAGUUCUAGAAAGUGAACCAUCAGCUGCAGCCCUGCACCAGUCCGGGCUUUAUGGCAGAGUGGCCCGAGGGAAGCCUCUCCUCAGUGGAAGACACAUGAAAGCCCGCAAGGAGUUUGCUAAAAAAAAACACUUGAAGGACGCCAAGAUGGUGAGAAAUAAGAUUCUCUGGUCUGAUGAGACCAAGAUAGAAAUGGUUGGCCUAAAUUCUAAGUGGCAUGUGUGGAGAAAACCAGGCACUGCUCAUCACCUGUCCAAUACAGUCCCAACUAGUGAAUAUGGUGGUGGCAGCAUCAUGCUGUGGGGGUGUUUUUCAGCUACAGGGACAGGGAGACUGGUUGCAAUCGAAGUAAAGAUGAAUGCGGGCCAAGUACAGCGAUAUCCUGGACGAAAACCUUGUCCAGAGUGCUCUGGACCUCAGACUGGACAUAAGGUUCACCUUCAAAAAAGACAAUGACCCUAAGCACAUAGCUAAAAUACCGAAGGAGUGGCUUCAGAACAACUCUGUGACUGUUUUUCAAUGGCCCCAGCCAGAGCCCUGACUUAAACCCAAUUGAGCAUUUCCGGAAAGACCUGAAAAUGGCUGCCCACCAACGUUCACCAUCCAACCUGACAGAACUGGAGAGGAUCUGCAAGGAGGAAUGGCAGAUGAUCCCCAAAUCCAGGUGUGAAAAACUUGUUGCAUCAUUCCCAAAAAGACUAACGGCUGUAUUAGCUCAAAAGGGUGCUUCUACUAAAUACUGAGCAAAGGGUCUGAAUACUUAUGGCUGUGUGAUAUUUCAGUUUUUCUUUUUUAAUAAAUCUGCAAAAAUGUCAAUCAAUUGCGGUUUUUUUUGUGACAAUAUGGGGUGCUGUGUCUACAUUAAUGUGGGGAAAAUGAACUUAAAUGAUUUUAGAAAAUGGCUGCAAUAUAAAAAAGAGUGAGAAAUUUAAGGGGGUCUGAAUACUUUCCAUACCCACUGUGUGUGUGUGUGUGUGUGUGUGUGUGUGUGUGUGUAUCUAUAUGUGUAUAUAUAUAUAUAUGUAUAUAUAUAUAUAUAUAUAUAUAUAUAUAUAUAUAUAUAUAUAUAUAUAGAUAGAGAGAGAGAGACAUUUUGGUUCUGAAUGCAGCUGCCUUACAUUUUUCGCUAAGGUUUGUAAUUGUCGCAUAACAGUGAUGAUGAUAAUAAUAGUAGUUUAAUAACAGUAAUGGUUACUGUACAGUACAUGGGUGCUGGUGCAGUAGGUUUCACAUCUGUCUAAUUUACAUUGCACAGUGAGCAAGGAAGGGUACAGUGCUUUUGCACAGUUGCUCCCAGAGGAGGCAUUUGCAUAUAUAUGAUAGGGGCAACAUGCUAUGCUUGCACAGUUACACAAACGGGAUUUAGGUAGAGAUACAGUUUAUUUUGAAAACAACUUGCUAUAAGUGUUCUACGUUCUUCUCAGCCUCAUUAGUUUUUUAAAAGAAGUCUCAUCCUCAUCCUGUACACACACACACGACAUGCCUCAGAAUGCUUCAACUUCCCACAAACCUCACUAUCGUUCAGAACCAUGUGUAUACUGUACAUGUACUGUAUCUGAGCGUUUGUGUAAUGGAUGCUGGAUCAGGGGGUGCGUUGCUGUGUUUCUCAAUGCUGACUUCCCCGUGCUCUAUACUGCUGCAUUCAUUUACUAUUACCUUAUUCAAAGAAUGCCCUUACCUGUUUGUACCUUGUAGCUUCUUAUACAGGUAUAUGCACAUGAGACGUUCUGUCUGUUGUUAACUUAGUGUGCAACUACAGAAAACGCAUAUUGGGUUUAGACAUGCACUGUACAGAAAUUGAAGGUCAAACUGCAACAUAUUCAAGUGUGUCUAAAAAGUGUUUCUGUAGUGUAUAGCCAAUAAAAGCCAAAUUGCCUCACUCUUUUGCUCAGUUAGUUGUAGUUAGUGACUAUAUUUCUUUAUAAAUCCUACUCACAUCCCAUGUAAACCGAUUGGAGAAUUUUCGAUUUAGUGCAGCGGUAAGGUCACUUUUUUCCCCACCACAAAUUACAAGUCGUAAACACCAUGAACAACCAUGCUACAGUGCGAAUGCAAAGUCAUUAACUAUUCAAUAUUUCCUCAAAUAAAGGGCAUGAACUGUGAAUGUGUCUUUUGAAAGUAUUCAACUAAAACUGUUUAAAUUCAUUUGAUUCCAACUGGCUGACUGAAAUAUUCUGUUGAAAGGUUUGUGACGUCCCAUGCUUGUUGUAUCCAUGUCAAACUUUAUAUAUCGAAUCCAUAAUAAUGCCACAACUCCACAAAUCUAUGCAUAAAUUCUCGCCAUCUUAGAAUGUCUUGUAUUGAUGCCGCAUGGAUACUUAGCCAGUAAACCCGGAGCAUACAUGUCACAAAAAGACUGUGCUGACCUGUGGAGGUUUGGACUCCUAUAUUUAAAAUUGUCUCAAGGGCUUCUUUCUCCCUUGAACACUAUAAAAUGAAAGUGUGGUUGGAAUUUGUAAAAAUGUUGGCUGUUUAGCUAUUUAAGAUGUAUGUACUCUUUAAAAAACAUGUCAAAUGUAUUACAGGGCAGGAAUAAAGAUGUUAAGGUAAACGUG